UUACUUCUGUAAUUGGAUUUCAAGUUAAUUGUUAUUCAACGCACUUUUUCUGUCCGUUCGAAAUGAAAUACUGGUUCGUUAUAUUUUCUUUGUCUUUAUUAAAUUAUACAUAUGCAGAUUCAGAUAGCUUUGGAGAUGAUUUCGCAGAUGAUGGCGAGAAAAGAAACUCAGAAUCCAGAGUAGGAACGGAUUACAGUAGCGGAAAUCAAGAUAGGCACACAUCGCUACUUUAUGGUGACACAGGAUCUGAAAAGCGGUCUAUUAUGACUGGCGAUACUUUUACACCUCUCGACAUGUUACCGAUAGCAGAAAAAUUAAUAAAAAAAGUUGAGGAGCCCGGAUCUGGAAAAGGCUUUGUCAGUUCCACGAAAGGUCCCCAGGAACUUGCGGAUAAGUUAUUCGAAGCAUUCUUUUUCAGCACCAAGCGGAUUGUCACAUUAAAAGACUACGAUAUAUCUGGUUUAGACGCCUUGCAAGCCCUGGCUAUUGAAGGAGAACCUGCCGACAAAACUCUAACAGAGGAUGUGACGGAACCGGCACAAAGGAUGUAUUUAAGAGGGCAGAUAGUAAACAUCAACAAACCAAGGAAAAGUCAUUUUAAGUUGGUAACAAAAACGGUUCCGAAAAAAGUCAGUCAAAAAAAAAUCACAAAAGAAAAAAGACGAGGAAUUCUGCUGGCCAAGAAAUUACCGAAACAGAGAAAACUGAUUGUCAACCAACAGUCGAAACAGAGCACAAACAGAAGUCAAAAGAUACGUAACAAAGAUAAUAAAAAGAUAAUGAGGAAGGGAAAGAAAAUCAAUAAAAAUAUAAAGAUGAAAACAACUAAAGUGGGCAAAAGGUUGAAACCGGGUAAGGCGUCACCGAAGUGUCGCUGGAACUACGUGUGCGUUGACCCAGCCGACUUGGACACCUGCACGGUUCAUACGUCAUGUGGCGACACUAGCUCAACUAUGUCUGAUUAUAAAAGAGAAAGAGAAACUAAAGAAAUCAAAGAAUUCCGUAGAAUGCUUGGUAUCACUCGCGUUGACGAGGAGGUCGAAAAGAUAUUGGAAUCCCGAAACAUAAAAAUACGUCCGGCAAAUUUAGAAGCAAUCAACAAAGUGGAAAGUUUAUCAGAGUUCUUCAAUAAUAUCAUCGACCGUGAGAACACUGGGUCCACAGCACCGAUCCAACCAGAUGUAGUGGUGUAGAUUUAUAUCCACUCGGAGGUUACGAGUUUGUGUAUUUUGUUUUCAAUAAAAAAAAUAUAUUCAUCCGAUUUCAUAGAAGCGAUGGCUGAAUAAUGCGUGGAUUUCAUUUUUAAGUAUCAUUCCUUUUAAAACUGGCACAGGAAAUUAUAUGAAAAUAUUAGUUUUAAUUUACUUAUUACACUCAAACGUUACUACACAUGAAUCUCUUCUGUAGUCUGCAGUCAAUUAUAUAUAUUUAAACUA